GAUUGUGGGGCGGUAUCGGGGAAGCAAAUGGGCGUGUCUGUUAAGCCUCAGGGCCAAUCAACAGAUGAGUGGGAGGAGCUACGGUGCGGCUGAGAGGAGGAGUCGCGUUCAGGGUCUGUGGGAGAAACAGAGUGGUGCUCCGUGAAGGCGACAGAGAGCGCGCGGGGGGAGGCAGGGAUGCGUGUGCGCUGAACGGUCCUGCAGGUACGCUCGGCGGCACAUUUAGCGUUCACGGCCGCAGCGCUGCGCGGCUGCAGCACCUCGUUCCUUCCGAGGAAGCCACCACGAUGUCCGGCGGGGGUGAGGUUCGCCUCCUCCGCCAAGAUGCCGGCCAAGAAAGUCCGAGGAUGCCGGCCUGGAAGCGAGAAAUCUUGGAGAGGAGGAAGGCUAAGGGCGGCGGUUCGGGGGGAACCGGGUCCCCGGAGACCAGCCCCGGCAGCGCGGGCCCGCAGCGGGUAAACGGCGAGCUAACGGGAAACGUGAACGGGAGCGGCGGACUCACGAGGGACGGCGGGGCGGCCGGUGGGUCCGCACGGAACUACACCAUCACCACCGCCAACCAACACUUCGCAAACAACAAAGAGCCGCGACCGACGGCCUGCGACAGGGCUCCAAGGGAGGACGACCGGCACGAGAGCCUGGUUCUCCAGGAGAGCCUGGGGCCCCUCGAGCAGAACCCGUUCAUCAAGCUGGAGAAGGAGCGGAGGCGGCGGCAGGACCGGCAGGAGCGAGAACCCCCCGGCCGCCCGGUGCAGCACAUCCUGGAGCUGUACGGCAGCGUCCCGGGAAUCCGGACCAUCCGAGCCGACAACAUCAUCAUCAUCGAGUCGGAUCCAGAUUACUUCCCUGAAGCGGGGGAUGCUCAGAAGUGGCAGCAGAACGGGGUGGGGGGCUACAGCUCCCUGAACGACCUUCUGGACCGCAGGGGCAGCGCUGUCACUGAGAUCCGAGCCAAGGAGGUGGUCAUCUAUGACACCACGAUCAGUAAGAGCGAGGAGAACCUGAGCACCCUGGGGCGACCCGAGUAUGAUGCUGCAGGGGAGGGGGCAGGCAGGGUCAGCCGGAUCCUGCAGAAGUUUGACAGCAACUACGGAAAACUGCAGAAGAAGUCCCACAGCACAGAGAACCUGCUGGACCUGGACAGUAACUCCAGCAGCAGACCCAGACACUGGUCCAAACCACAGCCAGACCUGGUGCCAAAACAGAGGCCGGGUCAGCCGGUCAGCAGCCAGCUGUCUUCACCGCCCCUCCAGAGUUCCCGCUCUUCCAAACCAAAGCAUCCUGCCCCGGAGCAGGGCAGCUCCAGGACUCCUCAUCCAGUAUCAUCCUUCCGCCAGCGGUUUGAGGAAGCUGUCCCCCCACGAGACGAGCCAGACAGGGGGCCAAACAAGCCCAGCAGGGAGCGAGACUGGGAGGUUACCGAGGUGUCCCCCAAACCAAAGGUGCCAUGCUCUCCGGAGACCCGCCGUGACCGUGCCGAGUCCCCCAUAGCUCCCAUUUCCUUCAAGGUGUCCCGUCCCUCAUCAGAUUUUGAGAUCCGACCCUCCCCAAAGCCAGACCUGGCUCAGAUCCCUGACGAGGACACCCAGGCACGAGCCCUGGCGAACCUCCGUCUGCAGUCCCGUAACUCCUUCACAGUGGUCCCCAAGGGCCGCCUCACAGCCCCGCCUGCAGCAGCGGUCAGCACGGUCAAGGUUACCCCCCCUACCCCCACUUUGAAAUCCACGGAGAAGAAAGCUGAAAAAUCAUUGGAGGAAAAGGAGCCGGAGCGGGUGGUGAGGACCCCCAAACCCGACCCGUCUCCUACAACUGCCACAACUCCUGCGUCUCCUGUGACCUCUGACCUUUUGUCUCCCCUCGCUGUUGUUACCCCACCUCCCUCCUCCACGCCUGCUCCAGCUUCACCCCCAUCUUCACCUCCUACUUCUCCAGCUCCGGCAGACUCUCCUGCCCCGUCGCCGCUCACUUCCACCCCCUCCCCGGUGCACCGGCCCCCUUCUGCAGAUCAGCUGCCAGUGACAAACAUAGACGACAUUGAGGUGGAGCCCCCGCAGCGCGUCCCUGUCCCCAGCCCCCUGGUUCAGAGGAAAAAGGGGAACACCUUCACUGUGGUGCCAAAACGCAGGGUAGAGCCCGGCGCCCAGCCAAGCUCCCCCGAGACCCAGGAGGAAGCACCGAGGGAGGCCCCACCAGGGUCCACGCCCCCACAGGCCCCCUACGCUCAGCUGGGAACCCUGCUGAAGAAGCGCUACCCCGCUGUGGAGGACAUCCAGGUCAUCGGCGGAUACCUGGCCCUCCCAAAGUCCUGCCUUUCCAAAACAGGCUCCGUUGGGAAGAAGCUGAAGAUCUCCUUCAACGAGUCGAGCCUCCACAGCACAUACGAGUAUCCGUCAGAGAGCAGCGUGUGGGACAGUGGAGACGAGGAGGAGGAGGAGCAGGAGGAGGAGCCGCCCAGCAUGGUGGGACGCAUCCACAUCCCACGCCCCAGCAUCAUCACCUCGCCGACACACAGCAACAGCAGCGACCUUUCCAGCUACGUCCCUAAACACUCGGUGGACUUCAGCUCCUGGCAGGAACACAAACACGACGACGGCGUUCACCAGGAGGACGCGGCUGCGCAGACGACGAUGACGGAGGAGGUGAUGCUCACGCCGGCGGAUAGCUCCUCCCUGUCUGACUACAGCAGCGAGCCGGCUCUCUACUUCUGAUCCCUGCAGCCGACGGCGCCUCCUCCAUCCACCCCCCAGCCGGACUCCAGCUCAGCUGGUCGGGCGGAGUUUCUGUUGGUGCUGCUGACUCUCCACCUCCUCCCGAAAGCAGCUGGGCUGUUUCCCAUCCCAGACGGUUGAUCUGUCGCCUCCAUCAGCACGCCCGGCGCGGUCUCUCUGGACGGUUCCUGCCCGCUUCGAGCCUCAGUUUCAGGUGCGAUGAGCUGAGAGGAAGCCGCUGCUGUCGGUGUGUUACCAUGGGAACAUGACCUUCCAACUUGGGACAGACGGCAGAUUUGAUGCAGGAACAAAAAGGGUGCCACUUUUAGUUUUUGUUUCAGCCAACGACAGGCGUGCUGGUGGGUGGGCGGGGCCGGGAUGCAGUCAGUAGCAGCUCUCAUGUCAUGAUGAAUGCUGGAAAAAGUGCCCUUCGCCAAUCCCGUGUGCGUCCUCCCUGCUGGUGAGAAGCAGGAGAAUGUCUUGGCCGUGGAUGUGUGGCGAGCUCCUCCACGUCCUCAUUCACGUUUGAAAUGUGUCAUCACUUCCACAUUCCAGAGCCGCUGCCCCGCCCACGAUGGGGAUCGUUGUGCGUUUGUGUGGGCAGGACGAUGUGUGAAUGCUUUUGAUAAAUGUUCUUUUUUUAUUCAAUUGUUUUAUAUGCAAGAAAUGCACCGAGUCUCCAGAUCAUUUUUGUUGUUUUUAAAUCAUGUUGCCAACGGAUGUAAGGCUCGCCGUCAGAGCCUCCGUCCCUUCGGCCAGUAUUGCUGUACAGUUUCCGGGCAGGGAGGUGGGUUCCUGCUGUUGCCCCCUCCCUCAGUGUAGAGUCGAUCUGUGGUACCUCUGUGCUGUCUGAUGUCUUUGCACUGUCGUGCUUUUAGCUGCAUUUUGCACCUCGUGAUGAAGAAGUUGGGAAACGUGCACUUAAGGAUGAAGGACUUCAGCUGCAGCUCCUCUUCUUACGGCUUCUUUAGAGAAUCGUCUUUGAAGAAAUAAAAGGGUCUUUGUUCACGGUGAUUCACUGCCGACGGCUGCCUUUGUUUUAUUAUCCUGUCCUGCAGAGAUCCUGGACUGUAAGGACCACAUUGCUUUUGCAAUUCUUCUUUUUACUGUGCUUUUGAGCAAAAAUUUGACCCCGCCACAAAAACUCAACAAAAUUUGCACACACCUGAUAAGAUUAGUAUAAAACUGAUCCCACCCAAAAAAGGAUGACAUCACAGCAUCAAAACGUAAAAAAAUCUUGUACAUAUUUUAAAAUCCACUCAAAAAACCUAAACACAUAGGGGAUAUCAAAAGCAAAUUUUAAAAUCAUCAUUAAGACAUACGACUUGGCGAUCAUUUUUUUCUUGGUCAAAUUUCACAUUUCCCACUAACGAAAACUUUUGCUUGAGCAGUCUUCAUAAAAUGUACACACCACAACUUUAAGGUUUCGAAUUCCGUCACUAUUUACAACUAAGUGCACAAGAUAGUGCGUUCACCAUUUAAUGGAGAUAUGCAAUUGUACAAUUCUAAAAUCCAGUACUCUAGGAAUUUCCCAGAAGUCUCUGCGAAAAAGCAGUGCUCACUAAACUGGCAAAUAUUGACCACAAUGCAUUGCAUUUGAACAAUUUAUGUGGGAAAAAAAAGUAUUGGUAUUUUAUUUUUUUUUAAUCAUUUGUUUUGAUCAGAACACAGUGGAUUCAUAAAAUUGUUUUUGUAAAAUGUUUGUUCAUUAGUGACAUCAUAUUUUCUGUUUAAAAAAAAUACGUGUGUUGGAGUUGGAACACAUGGAUUUGCUUUACAAAUCCAGGAUACUGGACAGUCCCAACACCAUAUAGUUUUUUAGUAGUUGGAGUAGGGAGGGAAUUCAGACACAGCUUAUGUCUACAUCCACGUUUCAUUGACCUUUAACCUUGAGAAGAGGCCGCCAUCUUGAAAAAAUGGAUAUAGAAUAGGUAUAUACUGAACAAAUUUAGCGUUGUGGCAUUCACUGAUUUUUUGAAUCCCUGGCUCAAGCUGAACGAAACAACAUAACAUACAACAUGACUCAGUUAGGAAGGUGGGUGUGGUCAACAAAAAACUUUCGUUGCCAUGGAAAUCCAGAAAUUUACUUUUGUCAAUUCUUCUAAAAACUACAUGGACUUGUUUGUCACCCCCAGAUGACCAGAACAUUAAAUGGUUGCUAUGGAGACUAAACUAAGAAAAAGUUGGAAAUGUUUUUUUUUUUUAUAAUUUCUCACAGGCAGCUCUGACCAGGAUGGCAGUAUGAGAGAGUGAGGGGGGUGUAUUAACAGCCCAGCCAAUGAGGGCGGGUCAAAAGCAGGCGGCAGGCCAUACAACACUCACCGUUUUAAUUUUUCUCGUUUUGUCUUCAGUCUGACUGUGAGCACAAACGUUAUCUCUACGGUUCUGCCGAGAUCUCCAAUCCCAAAGCAGACCUGUAAAUUCUCCUGUGUGCUCAGAGUGCCACUCAAAUGCUUUCUGUUAAAAAGGUUCAUUUCCAUCCUAUGGAACUCGUCUGAAUGUUUUCUACAAUCAUCUCACCUCAGAACGUUUCAAUGCUGUCGGGUCAUGAAGUCCACAGAUCUUCAGACGCAGCCGGCCGUUGCCGAUAAAACGUCGGGGUUUCCCACUGCAGAGCGCAGGGUCAGGCUGUGGUCUCAGCUUCAUCACCUUCAUGUUUCCUCUCGUCUAUAAAGCUGCAUCGCUGCACAUCUACUCACUGUAAACUUCUUGUAUUAAUUUGGGAAAAGAAAGAUGUUGCACUUGUACAAAAAGAGCUGAAUAAAUAGAGAAGUUGGAACAAAACCAGUGAUGAGUCAUUUUUACUGAAGAAACACAUUUAUUUAAAUAAAAAGCUUUAAGACAUCAGUGACAUAUUUUACAAAGUGAGUGCCGGCACAUCCAUCGUGCCUUAAUGGUCCUUCCUGCGCGGCUCUGUGGCUCUGCUGAGGUUCCCCGCUUCCUGCUUCAGGACGCUCAGCAGAGACUGGGAACUCUCCAAGAUCUACAAGAGGAAACAAAAGCCCCCCCAUCAUUGGUCACAGCUGAGCUUCACAGACACCUCUGUGUCAAAGGUCAAAACCAAAAACAAAAAAAAAAAGAGCAGAAAAACCUGAAACCUGGAAGAUAUUAAACCUACAUGCACUUCAGUGGGUUUUUUCCUCUGGUUUUCCUCAACGUUUAUCUUCAUCCUCUGUGAAAUGUCUGCAGCUGCUUUAAACUCUAGUUGUAUACUAGAUUAAAAAGUGAUUUAGAUUUAUAGAUUAUUCUCACAAUUGAAGACAUACAUAAAAAAAAAA